CACAACCUUGCUCUCAAAUCUGCACUGGCUGCACUCAAGAAAGAAUGAUCAUCAGAGACCUUCUAUUGGUACAUGUAGUAGUAACAUGGAAAACUACAGGAUCAUGAAGCAACUGGGACAGGGUGUGUGGUCUCGGACGUAUAUGGGACAGCAAAAGGAUACGGAUCAACUUGUGGCCAUGAAGAAAUUCAAGGCCAAUAGCUGCGACGAAGGUGUAGAUUUCAAGGCUCUGAGAGAAAUCAAGUUGCUUUCCUACCUACAACAUGAACAUAUUAUUCGGUUGGUGGAUUCCUUUGCCACCCCUGACAUGGCUGUGGUACUCGUAUACGAAUAUGCCCACACCAGUCUCGACCAGAUUCUCAGGAAUCGAGACAUUCCCCUGUCCUCGCCAGAUAUCAAACAGCACAUCCGGAUGCUCCUCUUGGCAAUGGAUGCAUGUCACGAGAAACAGAUACUACACCGGGAAUUAAAUCCUGAGAAUAUGUUUUACCUGGAGGAUGGUACCAUGAAGUUGAGGGGCUUUGACUUGGCAAGAAUGCAUGAUGGAAAACCCAACACUUUGCUGUCACCCCAAGCCUUUGCGUUGUGGUACAAGCCACCCGAGGUGUUAAUGAGAUCCCAACAUUACUCCUUCUCUGCGGAUAUGUGGUCUGUUGGGUGCAUCUUUGCGGAACUCAUGCUUCGGAGACCUUUUCUGAUGGGCCAGUUCACUGAAUUGUCUCAACUAGACAAAAUAUUCAAGGUCUUUGGAACACCCAAUGAAAGCAAUUGGCCAGACUACGCAAUACUUCCAUUGGCAUGGCAUUCUACUGUACCGGUACCACCGGUAGCUGCCGUGUCCCUGGAUGGAAUCUUCACUGCAGCGCCAAACGAUGCCAUUUCUCUGCUGAAAUCCAUCUUGGUGCUGGACCCCAGCAAUCGCCUGACUGCCUCACAAGCACUGAGGCAUCCUUACUUUUCCAAUGAGCCACCUCCCACACCCAAAGGAAACUUGAUCUUGUCUUCUCCUCCUCCGGAAGCCAACUAGCUAGCUUAUUGUAACUGUAAUAUGUACUUUUAUUGGUGUGG